AUGUCAGUACUAGGAAAAGAAAGCCCCUAUGCCGAUGAAGCUCCAGUUGCUGACCUAGUCCAUUCGUUUGACUGGUCAACAACUCCACUUGGAGAUAGGUCAACGUGGCCACCCUCUUUGAAAACUAUCGUGGACCUAUGUUUACAUUCAGUUUUUCCGAUUGCCAUUUUCUAUGGGCCCGAAUUAAGGAUGAUAUAUAAUCAAAUGUAUCGACCCAUAUUAAAAAUGAAACAUCCGCAAGCAAUGGGACGUUCCUUUAAAGAAGUAUGGUCUGAGACGUAUGAUGUCAUGGGACCUAUAUUUGAAGAAGUAAAUUUAACUGGAAUAGGUUCAUUCCAAGAUGAUAUGAUGCUUUUAUUGCAUCGUGAUGGUUAUGCUGAGGAAUGUUAUUUUUCAUUUACUCUUAGUCCAGUAUUUAAGGAAGAUGGAACUAUUACUGGAGUUUUUAAUGCUGUUCAAGAAACAACGCAAAGGGUAUUAGCAGUUAGAAGAUUAAAAACUCUUGAAGAUUUAGGGAAUAGAACUCCAGGUGCAAAAUCAGCUGAGAAUGCCUGUCAUUUGGUAUCAUUAGCAUUACAGGAUAAUGAUGAUGAUAUACCAUUCGCAAUGAUUUAUCUUUUAGAAGAUGAUAAUCACCAAAAAAAUAUUAAGAAAGUUAAAUUAAUUGCAACAACUUAUGACCAAACAUUAAUGACAAUUAAAGGAGAUGAUGAAAUUGAAGAAUUAGCUUUUGUUAAUGGAAUCUCAAAAAGAAUAUUGCCAGAUUUUUUGUCAGAAGAAUUUACCAAUGAAUUUAUCUAUGAUGGCAAUAUAAUAAUGGACAAAAAUAAUUCAAAUAAUAAUGAUAUUUCCCAUUGGCACUUACAAGAAGUUAUUACAAGGAAUUCUCAUGUCAUUGUAACGCUUAAAGAUGAUUCCAAGGCAAUACUCUUACCGGUACUAUCUUCAUUUGCUGGAGAAACUAAUACAACAGCCAUCAUGGUCUGCGGACUUAAUCCAAGAAAAGCACUUGAUAGAGAUUACAUGGAGUUUUUACGGCUUGCUGUUAGUCAUGUAAGUACAAGUUUAACACAAGGGAGAUUAAGAGAAGGAGAAAGGAAACAUGCCCAACUUCUCGCAGACCUAAAUAAGCAAAAAAUUAAUUUUUUCCAAAACAUAAGUCAUGAAUUGAGAACUCCUCUAACUUUGAUGCUUUCACCAUUAGAAGAUGCAAUAGCGUGUUGUCCAAAUAAUUCAGACGUUUUAUUACAUCUUCAAAUGGUCCGUCGUAACUCUCGUAGAUUACUUAAACUUGUUAAUACAUUGUUACAAUUUUCUCGGAUUGAAGUUGAUAGCAUAAAAGCACAAUUUCACGAAACCGAAAUAGCAAAGUUAACCGCAGAACUUGCGUCCAGUUUCGAGAGUAUGGCUAAGUCAUUUGAAUUAAAAUAUGUCAUUGACGUGCCAAAAGAAUUAAAGUUAUCCCGACGUAUCUUUAUAGACCAGAAUAUGUAUGAAAAGAUUUUAUUUAAUUUAUGUUCAAAUGCUUUCAAACAUACUUGGACUGGAAGUGUGACCGUUCGGUUAUAUUCCGAAAACGAGGAUGAUAAAGAAUUUAUUGUCCUCGAAGUGAUUGAUACCGGUGUCGGUAUCCCAAAUGAUCACAUUCCUAAUUUAUUCAAUCGCUUUUAUCGCGUUGAAUCACGUCAAUCACGUAGUUAUGAAGGGACCGGAAUAGGUCUUGCUCUCGUAAAAGAAUUAGUUAAUCGACACGGUGGCGAUAUAUCUGUAGUCUCUGUUGUUGAUAAGGGUUCUAUAUUUAAAGUUCGGUUACCAACUGGAUGGGAGCAUUUGCCACCGGAUCAAGUAUACUUUGAUGAUGAGUACAACACUAAAGAGCAUGUUGUUCAUGGAGAGAAAUUAUAUUCAAAUUGUGAUCUAUUUCUGGAAGAAUCAGCACAAUGGAUUCAAAAGAACAAUAUUGAAGAUUCUGAUUAUAAAGACAUGGAUUUGGAUGAUAAUUUAACUACUGAAGGUCACACUAUUCCGUCUUCAUUGGAAGACAAUCCCUUAACUUUUGGUGAAAACUUUACAGUGCUUAUCGUCGAUGAUAACACUGAUAUGAGGGAUUAUAUAUUUGGGGUUUUAAAAAAAGAUUUUGAUGUUUGUUGUGCUUGUGAUGGUCUUGAUGCUUUGAGAACCUUAAAAAAACUGGACAAACCACCAGACUUAAUUUUAAGUGAUGUUAUGAUGCCUAAUAUGAAUGGGUAUGAUUUAUUAAAAUCAUUGAAAAAUAAUAAAUCAACUCGAUUGAUUCCAGUAAUUUUGUUAUCCGCUAAAGUUGGAGAAGAAGCCAGCCUUGAAGGGCUGGAACAUGGAGCCGAUGAUUAUUUAAUUAAGCCGUUUAGUGCUAAAGAGUUGAUUGCGAGAAUACGCGUCAACAUUAAACUUAGUUGUCUUCAUCGACAACUUUUCUUGCAACAAAAACGACAUUUAGAGACAAAACGACUAUUGUUCUCGAUAAGUCGAUCAGGAUUAAAUAUUCAAGAAACUCUUUCAACAGCUGUUCAAGAAAUUCAUCACGUCCUACCAUGUGAUAGAUUUUUUAUUGUUGCUGUAGAGAAUGAAGAUUCAAGAAUAAUGGCAUUUUCAUCAACAGACCAAAGUGAACCAAACCUACAAGGAAAGUUGGUCUAUUUUCCAAUUAAAGAAAAUAAUCAAACUGAAAAUUUGAAUCAAAAUAGCCUUGAAGUAGUAAAUGAAACUCUUGAAGUUGUAAUAUUUCCAAAUUAUUAUUUAUUAGCCGUCCAAAAUUUAGUUUCACUAAUUGCCCUUCCCAUUAAAAUCGAUUCAAAAACAUGGGGAUGGGUAGUUGCAAAUAGACCUCCAAAUAAUACUUGGUUAGACAGCGAAAAAAGUUUUUUGCAACAAAUGUCUAACCAGAUUGGUUUAGCCAUCAAUCACUCUAUACUUUUAGAGGAAAAAUUAAAGAAAGAAGCGCAGAUGGAAGCGAUGGAGGCAGCAAAUGAAGCCAAAAGUCAAAUUUUGGCUAAUACUUCUCAUGAAUUGAGAACACCAUUAGGAGCAAUUAUAGGAAUUUUAUCAGCAUUCGAAGAUUCUCAACUUUCAGAGGAUCAAAAGGAUAUGGUACAAAUCAUGACGAGAGCAUCUGAUGUAGUAUUAGCAGUUGUGAAUGAUAUUUUGGAUGCAGCAAAAUUAGAGGCGAAUAAAGUUGCCUUGUUGAAUAGUACAUUUGACCUAUUUAGCUUGAUGGAAAAAACAAUUGAGCUUUUUGGUGAAAAGGCUGGGGCCAAAAACAUAGAAUUAAUUUUAUGUUGCGAACCAACUUCUCUGCCAAAAUUUGUAAAAUCAGAUCCCGAGAGGCUGCAACAGGUUUUGAUGAAUUUGUUAUCUAAUUCUAUCAAAUUUACCGACAAAGGGGAAGUUUGUCUCAAGGUUACAAUGAAGAACGAUAAUGAAAGUAGUAAAAAUACUACAGCGAAAAAAUCGACAUUAUUUGUUGAAAUAAUUGAUACCGGCAUUGGUAUUGACCCCCGGUUUAUGAAAGUCAUUUGGGAAAGUUUUUCUCAGGGAGACGCUUCAAUGACAAGACGUCAAGAUGGGACCGGAUUGGGUCUCCCAAUCUGUAAACAACUUGUAAAGAUUAAUGGAGGCGAAAUGGGUGUUCAAAGUGAAUUAGGAAAAGGAAGCCGAUUCUGGUUUACUUGGCUUGUCGAAUCUUCUUUAUCUUGGUCACCUAUACCUAUUACAUCUAUCUCACAGACUCCGCCUGGAUUAAAUUUACCCACUACUAUAAGAUUAAAACGUGUAGUAGUAAUUGACCCCGUUGAGACAGCUAGAAAUGCUUUAGUUAAAUUGAUUGGAUCAAGUGUAGAGAGAAUUGAUUCAUUUGAUUCCUUUAGUGAAGGAGUUUCAGCGGCCAAGGUUUGGCGUGAAACUCAUAAUGGACCAUUAUAUGACAUUGCAUUUUUUAAUGUCAAUGAGGACAAUGUAGAGGAAGUUAAAAAAGCUUCUGAAGAAUUAAGAUAUACCUGCGGAAAAGACCAACUUUGCAUAACACUUAUGGUAUAUUGGUCUGCAAGCGGACGUGCUAUAGGACAGAAACUAAUCAAGGACAUUGGAGGACCAAUUGUAACAUUAUGUAAACCAAUAAUGCAAAAAAGGUUAUUGGAUUGUUUACAUAAUAGCAAAAUAUUUAGAUCAUCCUCAUCCACACCAAACCAUCAUAGACGUAAUUCCGUUAAGCCUUUAGCGGAUAUAAGAGUUGAAAAAUAUUAUAAUGACAAUCGACAUUUGUCAUCAUUACCGGUAGAGAAAGAAUUAACAAUUAUAAGGCAAUCGCCAAAAGAUAAUAAUGAAAAAUUAUCACAGGCAUCUAGUAGAGAUAAGUUGAAAAGAACAGCAUCUUUUAGUUCAGAACCUACAAAGAGGACAGCUUUAAAAAGAAUGGAACCUAGCGGAGAAGAUAAUAAUCAAAUUGACAAGAAUCGGGCUUCAAAGUCUCUUAGAUCACGCCCUAUUUCAAAAUCAAAACGUAUUUUAUGUGUAGAGGAUAAUCCUAUCAAUCUAAAGGUUAUUCAACACCAACUCAAAAAACUUGGGUACCCAUCCUUAUCAGCAACAAAUGGACAAGAAGCUGUUCAUUUGAUCCAAGCAGAAUAUAGUGGGGAAUCCUCGAAUUUAUCAUUGUCUUUAGCAAAAGAAAUUCCAACAAAAAUUUCUUUAAUAUUAAUGGAUUGUGCUAUGCCCAUUAUGUCAGGAUUUGAUGCAUCAAAAGCUAUAAGAACUAUGUCAAAUAUUCCUAUAAUUGCUUUAACAGCAUCAGCUAUUCCAGAAACAAGAGAGAGAUGCUUCGAAUCAGGGAUGAAUGAUUAUUUAACGAAGCCAUUAAAAAUUGGACAACUUAAAGAUAAAUUGAUUCAAUGGCUUGGAGAUGAUAAUUAA